AUGGCUAGAGCGGCAUGCAACGGCACAGCAGCUGCAGCGAGAUGCAAUGGCACGGCGGUUGGAGCGGCAUGCAAUGACACAGUGGGUGCAGUGACAUGCAACGGCAUGACUAAGGCGGUUGCUGAUGUGGCGUCAAGCAAGCCAGAAAUGAAGGACGAAGCGGCCAGCCUUAAGACGUACGUGGUGGGCUCCAAGGCAACGCCCAACCUAUGGCACGCUCGCAUUGGGCACGUCCACUUUGAUGGUGUGAAGCGGACAGCCACGAGCAACGGCGUGUUAGGUAUUGACCUGGAGAAAGGAGGUGAGGAUAUGCCGUGCACUUCCUGCCACGAAGCAAAGCUCACUCUCCAAACAUUUCCGCUGCACGACGAGCGAGAGGAGCAGGUUCUUAGGCUAAAUCUGCCGUCACCACGUACUGUCAUCGUGGUCCCGGUGCCGUCCGUGCAGAGGGGCGAGCAACACAUUGAUCGCUUGGUGGGCCCUGCGGGCAGCAAGGCACCCACGUCAGGGCCACCUCCAGGUCCUUCCUCAAGUGCUGAUUCGGCGCCUGUGGGACCAGAAGAUGGUCCCUUUGAGGACGGAGGUGACACGGCUGAUCAUGAGGAGGAAGGAGAGAUGGCAGUGGAUGAGCAGCCGUCAGUGGCCCAUGAGCAUGAGCCUUCACCUGCAGCUUCUCCCAUCCAGCCCAUUCCACAUCCCCCACGUCGCUUUAGCAGGCCUAACAAGGGGGUGACACUUGUACGGUUUCAACCGUCAGCCAUGAGCGCGCAUGUUGCAGACGAUGAGAACAACCCGUACGACAUGGCGUACCUUGCUGAGGACGAUUGCGACACAGACCGCGACGACGAAGUGGAGUAUCUAGACGAGGAUGAGGAGGAGGAAGGCGCUUGGGGAGAUGCGGAUGAUGCGAGCGACAACGAGAACCAGUUUUCCACAGGAGGCUACCUCUUCAAGCUUGGCAAAGCUUCCGUUUCCUGGCAGGCCAAGAAGCUACAGGGUGCAACCAAACUUUCCUCCACCGAGAGCGAGCUUGUGGCUGCGGUGGAAGCGGGAAAGGAGGGACGCAAGCUGAGGUUCCUGCUGUGGGAGUUUUAG